GGGCAAGAGGCGCAGCCUAGAACUUCACCCAUCCCAAGACUCUCCAGCGCGCGGCUCAGGCUGUACUCUGGUUGAUGAAGACGAUCAUUGAUGAUGCGGAUGUCGAGUAUCCGGCAUGUUACCCGCCAGAACGGUGUAUAUAAGGUGUCGUUGACCUCGCACGUUCUAGAAACUAUUCAACCAACAACUCGCAACAUCAACACUACCAACACCACCAACCUUCCAACCCUUCCAAACAAAUCUCAACACAACCCUUCACGAUGCUUACUCAAACCAUCCUGUCCGCUGCCCUCUUGGUGCUUCCUGCCAUCGCUUCGCCCGCUGGAUGGAGCUAUGGCGGAUCCAAGGGCGGAUCUAAGGGCGGCUGGGGCGGACACAACGGAGGAUGGUCCGACGACAACGGUGUUAUCCCGUUCACAUCUACCUACAGCGUUACCGCGACUCCGGGUCAAGUCGUCAACGGCACGACACCUACUGGUGGUCUCAAGGGCGCCGUCGGUUACUACGAUCUCGGGCUGAACACCGACCUCAACUUGAUCUGCUACUACAUCCGCAUCUACGGUUUCAAGGGCGAUUACGUCUCCCCCGCCAUCACUGCCACUCAUAUCCACGAAGCCGCAAAGGGCGCAUCCGGCCCGCCUCGCAUCGCCUUCCCCAACCCCUACCCGACCGGCAAGGGCGACGAGCGCAUCAGCGUUGGAUGCCAACAGGGCCCGUUCACCACCGGCCUCAAGGACAACGUCACCGGUGUCGACUUUGGCGCGAACUUCAAAGUCUCCCAGAUCCAAGCGAACCCUGCUGGCUUCUUCGCUGACGUGCACUCGAGCUUGGCUCUGGCUGGCGCGGUCCGUGGGCAGCUUGCCUAGAGGGAGUAAAAUGAAUAUGGUGGUUUCGUAACUUAUUAAUCUAUUUCGUUACUUUGUGGUCAUAGCUGUAAUCAGUACGAAUGCUCAUGUUGAAGCAAAACCAUACAAUCUUACCUACAUUUUCAACCACGUUCCGUCAUUUCUACUUUCCAUGCCGUGAGAAUGUUGGAGAGUGCAGAUGCCAUCAUGCCAACCCGAAACGGAUGCCACGGCUGCCGGUUCUGGCGUCGCGGCACAAACGCGGUUAGGCUGACUUGGCC